AUGAGUGCACACGGAACAUCGUGGCAGCCGCUGGACACCCAGGCAGGGGAAGAAGGCAAGGCUGGCGCUGGCUGGCAGAGGGACCCGGAGGGCCUCCCGGCGGAGGUAGACCCCGAGGCCCCGGGCAGCCCCCUGUCGGCCGAGGAGAGACGAUUUCUGGAAACGUUUCCGCUCUGUGAGGAGGAGCUGGAGACGGGCGCCAGGCGGCUCCGGGCGCUGGCUGACCAUGUGGAGCGGACCCACAGGCACCUCGCCGGGACCCACGUGGCCGUGCAGGCCGUGGCCGUGCUCUCGGGAGCACUGAGCCUCCUGGGCCUGCUCCUGGCCCCAGCCACGGCGGCCGGCAGCCUGCUGCUCUCGGCGGCCGGCAGAGGGCUGGGCACCGCCGCGGGCGUGGCCGGCCUGCUGACAGAUCUCUGGGGACACGUUCACGGGCGGGGAGCCCGUGCGCAGGCCAGCAGCCUGGUGCCUGCCCCUGGCUGCGAGGCCCCCGAGGCCCGGGGCUGGGCGACCCCCUGGGUGGUGGCCGCCAGCCAGCUGGUCUCCAACUGCCGCGGUGCCCUGGACGAGCUCAGGAAGAGCGUCCGGGCCCUGCGGGUCGCCAGGGCCCGUCCACGCCUGGUCAGGGCGGCCGGGCGGCUGCAGGCCAGCGGCCAGGCGUCCGCCCGCCGGAGCCAGCGGGCGCGCAGGGCCUUCGAGGACACGCCGCUGGCCAUGAGCCCCCACGGCCGGUGGCUGCAGAGCGUCCUGGCCGGCCUCUCGCUGGGCCUGGACGUGGGCAGCCUCCGGGACGACUGGACGCAGCUGCAGGAGGGCGCGGGGCCGGGGCUGGCGGAAGCGCUGCGGGCCCGGGCCGGGGAGCUGGAGCAGCGGCUGGCGGAGCUCAGCGGGCGCCAGGAGCACUUGCAGGUGAGCCGCAGCGGUGGGCGCUGA